AAUUGCUGAGUCCAAUCAAGUGAAAUGAAAGCAGCUGAACUGACGUGGCAGAGCGUCAUCAUGAUGGGGGCGGGGCUUAGCAUUGUCAACAUCCUGGUGACAUAACUGCUCUCUCCAAAAUGGCGACGGCUGAACAGAGGGAAGCUGGUCAGGACGACCCAGAGAGCGAAGAUGAGGUUUACGAGGUUGUGGACCUGACAGAAUAUGCUCGGAGGCACCAGUGGUGGAGUAGGGUGUUUGGGAACAACUCCGGCCCCAUUGCUGAGAAGUAUUCUGUGGCCACUCAGCUCAUGAUGGGAGGAGUGACUGGAUGGUGUGCUGGUUAUGUCUUCCAGCGAGUUGGGAAGAUAGCAGCUACUGCUAUUGGCGGAGGUUUCCUUCUUUUACAGAUCGCCAAUCACAGCGGCUACGUUCAGGUGGACUGGAAGAAGGUGGAGAAGGAUGUGAACAAAGCAAAGAAGCACCUAAAGAAGAAAGCAAACAAAGCAGCCCCUGAAAUAAACACAUUCAUUGAGGAGGUAAAGGCCACAGAUUUUAUAAAGAGGAACAUCGUCUUGUCCAGCGGGUUUGUCGGUGGCUUCUUCCUGGGAUUGGCCUCCUAAAGCUGCUGCACACGCUGGAGUCUCCACUUACUGUAAAUCACACUAUGACAUAGGUCACUUUCCUCUCUGUUGUUUACCUCUCGGCCCCAUCCGUUCAAAGGUUCAUCUGUUUAAUGACGUGAACAGGGGGGUUACGUUGAACAUCAUAGCAUGAUCUGUUGUGACAGUGGUAUUAACUCGUUGUUCUUCUCCCCCCCUGUUUUGAAUCAUCCUAGCUAGCUAUUUCCUUUUUCUGUUUGAGUGAACAUUUUGAAGAGUGUGUGCCAGAGCCCUCUUGGCAUAUCUGGAUUGUACUGUGAAGAACUCUUCUGUGGGACCCUCUGUGGAUCUUUUUUGCUGAAUAUGUCAAGCGGCCACAAAUUUCGCAGAUUCAUUUGUUUGCUUUUUGCAAAAGUUUAGAUUGUCCUGAGUGUUUGCCUGGAGGAUUCUGGUCUCAGAGGCAAGUUGGCAAUGUGUGGGCGCCGUUGUAAAUAUAUAGCCAACCCUCCUUUUCAGAGCUGUAAAUACACACACAAGAGUAAAUAUUAUAUAAUGGAACGCGGCAGAGUGGGAAGUUAACGCCAGCCCCCAGUCUAGUGCCUGGAGGCAUUUUUUAUGUAGCUGUGAAGUCUGUUGGGUUUUUAAGAUUUGCCACGCUGGCUGGGGGAUUGGAAAAGUUUCCACUCUGAACUCCUAACUGAUGCACAACACAUGUCACGAGCCAGUUAACGUUGCUUCUGUGAAUAUCCUCUGCUUUACAGACAACAAUGACUCUUAAAGAUCCUGUACUUUACACAACUCCCAGCUCCACAAUGCCCUUUAAUGACAGGCCGAGCAUCUGCUGCACCCUAAUUACCACCAUCACAAGCUAAACACCAAAAGAGCCGCCAGUCGGGUCAUUAAAGAGCAUAACUGGGGAGCAGUUGCGACUCCUCACGCCCUCACUGUUGUCGUUGUGUGUUUAAUAGUGUCAGUGUAGCAAUAACAAAACAGCAAUGCUGCCGAGUUGUGCUUCAUCACUUCAGUUAUCUAGAUUGGACAUCCACUCACAGGAGUCCGGUUCAGUUGAUCACGAGUUGCUUACUUUAUAUAUAUAUUUUUUGCCUUUUUUUCUACCAGUGCAAUAUACAGUAUUUCAGAUAUGAGUUGUUUUUGCUUUGCAAGAGCUUGUUAUGUCUCCAUCUGGUGUUUUGUAUGAUCACGUUCCCUCAUUUUUUCUGUUUAACGUUUUUUUGAUAACUCCUAUUUGAGUUUUGGUGAAUUUGGUUUGUGUCUCUUUUGAAAUGAAGUUGCCUCAUUUUGUUUUAAGUAACAGUAAAAUGUUUUAAAAAAACCUCAAA